GUCAAAAUAAAAUAAGAGACGUGCAUGUGUGGCGUGCUUCAAUGAGUGUGCAGAGGUGACUUUCAUGAGUUUUACUCGUUUGGAAUAAAUGAAAAACCUUCUAAAUCCGGAUAUUCACUUGAACCAGCAAUGCCCUGUGUACAAACCCAGCAUGCGUCCUUGCCUUAUGACAACUACUUCAGCUCUCAGUUCUUGAAUCCUGACCUCAGUGCCAAACUGAUGAUGGAGAUCAGUGGACAGAAGGAGCAGCUUUCUUCAUCUUUGUUGCCCGGUAUCAACACUUUGGUGGGAAAUGGCUUUGUGGGAGAGUUUGAUGCUUAUUCCUGCAAGAUUACCUCCUGCCCACCCACUUCUACAGUUUCAUUUAGCCACACAACAGUAGCUGAAAGCUCUAGCUCUCAGAUUCAGAACCAGGCCUUCAGGUUGGAUGAUCUCCAGGUUUACAGCUGUUACCCAAGCUCCUUUGCUUUUAGCUGCAUUGAUGAGACAUUGUCGUCAUGUGGCUCUGACUACUAUGACAGUCCAGUCUAUGCUGCAGCAUCUCCACCCACACCAGGCUUUCAGACCCAGCAUGCACCUAUCUGGGAUUCGUCUUUCAACCUAUACCCAUCAGCUCCCUCAUCCUCAGCAGCUGAAAAGACUGCCAUUUCUCAGCAGCUGUCAUUUUUUAACUUCAGCCCUACAUCAGAACAACACUCUCCUUUGCACCAGGAUGUUCAAACAAACCAGGAGGAUGCUUUCUACAUGUCUCCUCAGCAGCAUCUUUCGCCACUACACUGUUCACCCAUGUCCUUGGACCAUGGACCUCUGGAAACCUGCAGUAUAGUGGAGGGAUCCAUGGGAUCUCCUAAAGGUCACAGCACAGGAUCCAGUGAGGGUUGCUGUGCCGUUUGUGGUGACAACGCCUCCUGCCAGCACUAUGGAGUCCGCACAUGUGAGGGCUGCAAAGGGUUCUUCAAGAGAACUGUGCAGAAAAAUGCAAAGUAUGUGUGCCUUGCAAAUAAAGACUGUCCAGUGGACAAAAGGCGGAGAAACCGCUGCCAGUUCUGUCGAUUCCAGAAAUGUCUUGCAGUGGGAAUGGUCAAAGAAGUUGUUCGUACAGACAGCCUCAAAGGUCGCCGUGGCCGCCUGCCCUCCAAACCCAAGAGUGCGAGUGAAGCUUCAGCCCCAACCCCCAAAGCCAACAUCAUAGCCUCUCUGGUUCGGGCACAUAUAGACUCCAACCCACCCAUUGGAAAGCUAGACUACUCAAAGUACCAGGAGACCGUGGAGAGUCUGCCAGAGAAAGAGGAUGCUGGUGACAUCCAGCAGUUUUACGAUCUUCUGACUGGUGCGUUGGACGUAAUAAGAAGCUGGGCAGAGACCAUUCCAGGAUUUACAGAUUUUUGCAAAGAAGACCAGGAGCUGCUCCUUGAAUCUGCAUUUGUUGAACUCUUCAUCCUCCGACUGGCAUACAGGUCAAACCCAGAGAAGAACAAGCUGAUCUUUUGCAACGGUGUGGUUCUGAACCGGCUGCAGUGUGUAUGCAGUUUUGGUGACUGGAUUGACUCCAUCAUGGAUUUUUCACAGAGUCUUCACCGUAUGAACUUAGAUGUUUCUUUAUUUUCCUGUCUCGCAGCACUUGUUAUUAUCACUGAUCGCCAUGGCCUUAAGGAGCCCAAACGGGUUGAGGACUUCCAGAGCAAUCUCAUCACAUGUUUAAGGGAUCACAUACAUGGAAAUGGGUCAGAACCCAGUAGGACCCAGCCUAACUACCUAUCUCGUCUUUUGGGCAAACUCCCUGAACUGAGAACUCUUUGCACACAAGGUCUGCAGCGUAUCUUCUACCUGAAACUGGAAGACCUGGUCCCUCCUCCACCAAUUGUGGAGAAAAUCUUUAUGGAUGCCCUGCCAUUUUGAACAGAAAUGAACACAACUUUGCAAUCAAGCCUUCAAGCCUGCUGCAGACUAUACACAAAAAUGGCAAAAAUCAAACACCCACCAUGAGGAUUGACCUUGUUUCUUUGCCUCCAGUCAUGCUGUCUUCUCAUGUGUCCAACUUUGUUUGAGAAACCAACUGAGAAACAUUUUUGUAACAAAGUUUCAGAUUGUAUGCAGUACAUAUGGUAUGACUGUAGUUCAAAAGGAUGGAGAGCUUAAUUUCAGCUGAGUGAAAUCACACUGACACAGAAUUGAAAUACUGACAAUUUGAGGAGAGGUUAUUGUGUGCAAUUGUCAAAAGAAAACCCCUCCAAAUUUUUACUGCUAUGCUAAUGAAUGGAUGUUGUGUUACUAUGCAGCGAGUUAACAUGGAUAGUUCUUCAUAUAGAAUGUUACAUAUUCAGCUUUUGCUAAAAACACAAUACACUAAAUUCUUUAAAAAGCAAAGCUUGUUUUAAAAUUGCUUUUUGUGGCCACUACAAAACCGCACUGAUAGUCAAAUAUUUAGUAUACCAUGACAGACAGAAUCCUUUCCUGUUUUCCACUAAAACAACUGGCAAGUCCUUCUUUUCAAAAGGGAAAUACUGAAUUCUUUGUAUUAUAAAUGAUAAUUGCCUAUGGAAGGACCAAAGUUUAAGUUUAUUUUGAUACUGUAACUUACAAAACUUGUUGCCUUAAACUAAAGCGUUCUGCCAUAAUACUUGUGCUAUCAUUUCAUAUCAUCCUGUAAAAGUGGGUGUUGGCAGGGUUCUUGUUAAUUCUGGAAUAGUACUUCUUAAUGCAUUUAUCAAGAUUUUAAAAGGAGAAGUUGUCUUUCUGAAUUAAAA